AGAUUUCCUGUGCUCUUAAUUUGGCGAUCUAGUCUGAGACGUCAUUUCCUGUUUGUAGCUUUUCUGCGUAAUAUGGGCUCUUGGGUGAUUGUGUAAACAGCAUUGUGUGCGUUCCUGACUAAAAUGUCGCAUGGAGCUGGAGGGGGCGUGGCUUCCAGCUCCGGCUGAAAAUCGGGAGAUUUUCGGGAGAAUAUUUGUCCCGGGAGGUUUUCGGGAGAGGCGCUGAAUUUCGGGAGUCUCCCGGAAAAUUCGGGAGGGUUGGCAAGUGUGUUGCAGCGCUGGUUCCCGCCAUGGGACCCGAGCGAGUCUUCCCGACCGCCGAGGACGAGGACAAGAGUCCGUGCGACGGCGGCCUGGCGGCGGGGAGUGUGUGGAGCGGCGAGGAGGAGGAGGGCGGGGUGCAAGUGGAUUUGGAGGAGGACGACGCCAACAACGCGGCAGAAGGUUACUCGUACCAGCCUCUCAGCCAGGACGGGGACGACGGCGGGGAGGCGCCCUCUCAAGGCGCAAAUUUGCAGAACAGGAUGGAGGUGAUGGGCCUUCACCUCCCUGAAGCCCCGCCCCCCGACAGCGAUGAGGAGGAGGACACGGUAGGGGCGGCGGCACAGAGAAGCAACGCCUCCAUUCCAAUGGACGAAGCUCACGUGGAGCUGGUGAAGAGCGCCAUGGCGGCGGUGGCGCUGCCGUCGCUGGGCGUCCCGCCGUGGGCCCAGGAGAUCUCCGACGACCAGUGGCGGGACGUCGUGCAGCGCACCCUGCAGAGCCGCCAGCGUACGCGCUUCAACAACACCUGAGUGGACCCGAGUCGGCGUCAGGACGGCAAUGUGACCAAAGCACAUUUGUGAGGAUGGAUUUUUUUCUGACAAAAUGUCAAAUCAUUCCUCAAAUGUCACCUGUGUCACCUUUUGUGAAAGUCUUAAAGCGGGGUGUCCAAUCUUUUUGACUUGGGGGCCGCAUUAGGCUAAAACCUUUUUACGGGGGCCGAGAGCAUGUAAAGUCAAAUUAUAUAAACACAUAUGUAUUUAGCCUCUACUUAUGUGUAUAUAUUUAUAUAUAUGUAUAUUAUUAUAGUGCAGUGGUGUCCAAACUACAGCUCGCAAAUUGUCGUAAGUUCAUCAAAGCAGGGCGGGGUGCUUUCUAAUUCAUCUAAAAAUACCAGGCGGCUAUUGAUUGCUACUUAUUUGCUGCCAUCUUGUGGUCAAUACAAGUAAAUCGGCUCAAUGACACUUGAAAGAAGUUAGGAAUAAAAUGAUAAAUGGGGUAUACUUGUAUAGCGCUUUUCUACCUUCAAGGUACUCAAAGCGCUUUGACACUACUUCCACAUUCACACAUUGAUGGCGGGAGCUGCCAUGCAAGGCGCUAACCAGCAGCCAUCAGGAGCAAGGGGUGAAGUGUCUUGCCCAAGGACACAACGGACGUGACUAGGAUGGUAGAAGGUGGGGAUUGAACCCCAGUAACCAGCAACCCUCCGAUUGCUGGCACGGCCACUCUACCAACUUCGCCACGCCGUCCCAAGAACAGCAUUCACUUAUAUGACCCAUUCCAAACAACCUUCCCUAGUCAUGUUGCGAAAAAACAAAGCAACUAACAAAACACAAACUGUUCACUGAACUUUACUAGUUACUCUGCUUUUGGCCAAAGUAAAAGUUUGGACACUCUGUUAUAAUUGGAUAUACAAUUAAUAUAAUAAUAUGUGAAAGUUUGACUUCUGUAACGACUACCUUUAAAGUUUUGUAAUCAAGCAGCUAAAAUGUGCCAAACAUGGAUAAGGGUGGAGUGUUUAAAAAGUUUCCCAUCAUGCAUUGCAGUGGAUGUCAAUUGAUUUUUUUGUAAUAU